GCUGCGGAAGGCCGGGCCGCCCUGGAGCUCCGGGGCCGGGGCCGCAUCUGGAGCGCCUGCGGGCUCUGGCUUUCCACCUCCAUGGGGCCGCAGGCCCACACGUGAGCACAGGAGGACGUGGCCAUGGCCGAGGGCGGCGAGCUGAUGCACAGGCUCCUGAGCGAGAACGCGGACCUGAAGAAGCAGGUGCGCCUCCUGAAGGAGAACCAGAUGCUCAAGCGCCUGCUCAGCGAGAGCUGCCCCGACCGCUGCGGCCUCGGGGGCCGCGACCUCCUCUUCACCAAGGGGCCCGCCUACCCCGAGGACGGCUCCCCCGGGAGCGCAGGUCCUGACUUUGGAAGGUUCGCCGGUGCCCCAGACGCACGCUCCCAGCUGCAGACGUCCUCCCUGGAGGACCUGCUGUGCUCGCACGCCCCCAUCUCCAGUGAGGACGACGCUUCCCCCGGCUGUGCGACCUCCGGCCAGGUGCCCUUCAAGGCGUUCCUCAGUUCCCCCGAGCUGCGUGCGCCCCGAGGCACUGACAGGAAGCUGUCCCCACUCCUGAGCCCCUUGCAGGACCCGCUGGCGGACAAGACCCUGCUGGAGCCCAGGGAGAUGGUCCGGCCCAAGAAAGUGUGCUUCUCGGAGAGCAGCCUGCCCUCUGGGGACAGGACCAGGAGGAGCUACUACCUUAACGAGAUCCCGAGCUUCUCCAGCACUGAGAAGGACGGGCGCAUAGUCGGGGAGAUCGCCUUCCAGCUGGACCGGCGCAUCUUGGCCUACGUCUUCCCAGGGGUGACCCGGCUGUACGGUUUCACCGUGUCCAACAUCCCUGAGAAGAUCAAGCAGACGUCCGUCAAGUCCCUGGACGGGUCGGUGGACGAGAAGAAGCUGCGCGAGCUGACGCACCGCUACCUGACGCUCACGGCGCGCCUGGAGAGGCUCGGCUACAGCCGGGACGUGCACCCGGUGUUCAGUGAGUUCCUCAUCAACACCUACGGCAUCCUCAAGCAGCGGCCUGACCUGCGCGCCAACCCGCUGCACAGCAGCCCGGCCGCGCUGCGCAAGCUGGUCAUCGACGUGGUGCCCCCCAAGUUCCUGGGCGACUCGCUGCUGCUGCUGACCUGCCUGUGUGAGCUCUCCAAGGAGGACCACAAGCCGCUCUUCGCCUGGUGAGCCCGCCCGGCGCCCGCCACGCCUCUCCUGCAAUAAACGUGUUUGUUCCAAACCCCGGGGGCCGCGUGCCUCCUGCGUGUCCCCUCCGGCCGGGGGGAAGGGCCGCGUCCGCCCACGGAGCGCCCAGGGCCGCAGGCGCCGUGACAGGCGCCUCUCUCGGCCCGGGGCCGUGCACCCCAGGCGCCCGGCCCGCCCGCCGCCCACACCCGCGCG